CCCACGCAGCUUGGGACGUCGCCUCUUCACCUCGCUGCCCAGUACGGCCACUAUUCCACGGCGGAAGUGCUGCUUCGAGCUGGCGUUAGCAGAGACGCCCGGACAAAAGUGGACCGGACGCCGCUACACAUGGCUGCAGCUGAUGGACACACUCAUAUCGUAGAACUGCUAAUUAGGAACGGGGCUGAUGUGAAUGCCAAGGACAUGCUGAAAAUGACAGCUUUGCACUGGGCGACAGAGCACAACCACCCAGACGUCGUGGAGCUGCUCAUCAAAUACGGAGCUGACGUCCACGCUUUCAGCAAGUUCGAUAAAUCAGCUUUUGAUAUCGCUUUGGACAAGAACAAUCCAGAGACUCUGGUCAUGCUACAGGAAGCAAUGCAGAACCAGGUAAACCCUCAUCCAGAGAGAACAAACCCCAUCACCAACACCGUGACUCUCACCUCCCCGUUUCUUCUGACCCCAGGGGAAGUUCUCAAUCUCGCUAAUCUCGUCUCUUCAGCAAACGCCAAAACAACCUCAGGUAAGACAGAGGAAAUAGUGGAAGCAGAUUCUGUCAGUUCUGCCCUACAACAAGCGGUCGGCAGCGGCGGGCAGCGCGUCAUCACCAUUGUCACAGAUGGAGUUCCCCUGGGCAGCCUGCAAACCAGCAGCCUCGGCCAACCCUUCAUCCUAACUGUGCAAGAUGGGCAGCAAGUUUUAACUGUACCUGGUGGUCAAGUUGUGGAAGAGACUGUUAUUGAAGACGGAGAUGAGGCAGAAGAGGAAGAAAAGCAACUGCCCAAGAAGCAAAAAGUGGAACAAAAUGUAGAUGACUCAGAGGAAGACCAGGACAGCGCUGAGAGGGAAGUUCUACAGCAGCAGUUGCAAGAGGCCAACAGGCAAGCUCAGGAAUAUCGCAGUCAGCUCCAAAAGAAAGAGCAAGAGGCAGAGGAGUACCGGCUGAAGCUGGCAACCAUGGUGAGGCAGCAGCCCAACGGAGCGGAGCUGAUGGUGCUCGAAGAGGUCGCUGAGGUUCACCAGCUCGUGAUAACCUCAGAGGACAUCAAGGAGUCAGUGCUGUCCGUGCUGGAAACGGAUGAGCCUACUGAUAUGGUUGUGGAGACUGUAACCUCCUAA